AGUAACCAUGAAGUGAAGUUGGUUGCACUUCUCCUUUUUAAUUCGUUGUUGGGUAGGAAAGACUAAACAGCAAAAAUGGGUAAGGGAAAUAAUAUGAUUCCAAAUGCUCACUUUCACAAGUGGUGGCAACGCAAUGUGAAGACCUGGUUUAAUCAGCCAGCACGAAAAUACCGCAGACGCCAAAAUCGUAUCAAGAAGGCUAAGGCUGUUUUUCCACGUCCAGCGCAAGCUUUACGGCCAGUAGUACGUUGUCCAACCAUCCGUUAUCACACGAAAUUGCGUGCAGGACGUGGUUUUACACUAGAAGAAUUGAAGGGUGCUGGUCUCACCUACGGAUUUGCCAGAACUAUUGGUAUUGCCGUUGAUAAGAGACGCAAGAACAAAUCGCUUGAAUCUCGUCAACGUAAUGUUCAGCGUCUGAAGGAAUACAAGAGCAAAUUGAUUCUAUUCCCCAUCAACGAGAAAAAGAUCCGCAAGGGCGAGUCUACUGUUGAGGAAUGCAAAUUGGCCACACAAAUUAAGGGACCAGUUAUGCCAAUCAAGAAAGAACAACCAGUCAUUGAAUACCGCGAAAUCGCCAAGGAUGAACAGAAAUUCAAAGCGUUUGCCACUUUGCGCAAGGCUCGUUCUGACGCUCGUUUGGUUGGUAUUCGUGCAAAGCGUGCCAAGGAGAAUGCUGAUAACGUCGACGACGCUGGUAAAGAUGUAAAGAAAUCCAAAAAGUAAAUUUGUUUUGCAAAUUGAAAUAAAAUAAUAAUUUUUACAUAAUUA